AUGGUUGCCCCGGUGAGGAAGAAAGGGAGAUGGCUUGUCCUCGUCUCUUUCCUCUCAACUCUUUAUUUAUUGAGCCGCAAGUCUACGCCGCCAGAACGGCAUCUGUUGUCGCACUCUCUCUUGACGUCUGCACAAUGGCACGAGUCUGACGUUGAAAACGCCGUUGGUUCCAAGACCGGCGAAGUCGAAGUACACAUACCUGACAACAUGAUGCAGAAUUGGGAGAAGGGUUCUCGAAUCCGGCAGGCAAGCAUAAUGAUUGGAGACCAACACAUGCCGAUAUUUGAGCCCUGCAUGGAGACUCGCCUUGAUCACGGUCGUAGGUGGGGGUACCCAACCCACAUCUUAAAGCAUGACCUCAGCGGGAAGGCAGGCUGGAUCAGGCUCGUGCUUGAAAAAUCGCUUCAUGUCCUGUCCUUAUUGGUGUCGGAAAUGACAAAAGUAUCUCAUGAACGAGCGGAUUGGAUUGUCUGGUUCGACGCGGACACUAUCAUCAUCAACAACAACAUCCCAUGGACGAUGUUCCUGCCACGGGAAGAUUCUUUUCCUGACAUCCACUUCAUCGCUGGCAGAGACUGGAACGGCCUCAAUUAUGGAGUCUUCUUCGUGCGGGUAAGCGAAUGGAGCAUCAAAUUUCUUACACAAGUCGCCACGUUUCCGCAGUCGAGGCCAGAUGUUGACACAUCUGAAGACAUCGACAUAGACGCAAUGUGGUGGGUCCUUGAUCAACCGGAGAAUCAAGACCAUGUAGCCUACCAACCGCGGAGUUGGUACAACGGGUAUGACCUAGGAGAUCAAGGGAUAUCUGAAAUUUACGAGGGCGAUAUGCAGGUACAUCUCGUUGGCGUGGACAGCGAACCACGGAAAGAAGCCGCAGUACAUUGGUGGCUUUCCAAGAUCGAAAAGUCGCCACAAACGAUGCAUAUGCCACUCGCAGCUUCAGGAUAUCCAGAGAAAGUUCAGAUGUUCUGGGAGGUUCUGAAAACAGCGAAGGAGCUGUUGCAGCAAUCCCAAAAAAGGGCGUACAAAUUGAGACUGAGUUCUAAUGAGGUGAAAGUUGCGGAGGAGGAGCUGCAGAAUUUCAUUCGCUUUGCCGCGUUUGACAUAGAGGGGAUGAUAAACGCUAUGGUCACGCUGCAAAGGGCCUACGACGAUACCGAAAUCCAGAUUGCGGAGGACCAUCAAACUUCGAUGGCCGCGGCUAUUGCCCUCAGUGAUGCACACCUGACUUCUUGA